AUGCCGGAUGUUCAAGGCCUUGUUAAUGAAUUUGUGAAUCUGCUAAAGAAGCGUGAAAUUGAAGGGUCUCAGGCCACUGCGAAGCAGACAGCAGAGUUGCUCCGGUCAGUGAUUUCGCAUCAGCGGGUGCCACACGCAAACCAGGCCACGGCUCUGAUUAAUGCUGUGAGGGCUGUGGGGGAGCAGAUUAUUGAUGCUAAUCCUAUUGAGUUGGCUGUGGGAAAUAUUGUGAGGCGUGUUCUUUAUAUUAUAAGGGAGGAGCAUCUUUCCCUUGUUACGGAUGCUAUGGCUGGUUAUGGGAUGUCUGCUGCAAGUGAUGAGGAAGAUGAUGUGGAGCGAGAUGAUUAUCCUGCGUUAUCUGCUGCUGCUGUUGCAGCUGCUGCAAGAAGAACCUUGCGUCCACCAUCAUUACAUACUCUUCUAGAGGAUGUGACUGAUUCAGCUGCCCUUACACCAAUCCCUUCCUCGGCGGGUGAUUCCGAAGGGAAAAGUAGAUCUGUUGAAAAGGGUGAAAAGGGUACAAGAGGUCGGAAGUUAAAGCAUGAUGUCAUUGAAGCAGUCAAUGAACUUAUUCAAGACAUAACCUCUUUCCAUGAACAAAUAGCAGAACAAGCAGUAGAGCAUAUUCAUCAAAAUGAGGUAAUAUUAACGCUAGGCAGUUCAAAAACAGUGUUCGAAUUUCUUUGUGCUGCAAAGGAGAAAAAGAGAUCAUUUAGGGUUUUUGUUGCUGAAGGUGCCCCAAGGUAUCAGGGACAUAUCCUUGCAAAAGAAUUGGCUGCUAGAGGCUUACAGACCACAGUAAUUGCUGAUUCUGCAACCUUUGCUAUGAUUUCCCGAGUGAAUAUGGUUAUAGUUGGUGCUCAUGCUGUCAUGGCUAAUGGUGGAGUAAUUGCCCCAAUUGGGUUGCAUAUGGUUGCACUUGCAGCUCAUAGGCAUGCUGUACCUUUUGUUGUACUUGCUGGGAGUCACAAGUUGUGCCCUUUGUAUCCUCACAAUCCUCAAGUUCUACUGAAUGAGCUGAGAUCCCCAUCCGAGCUAUUAGACUUUGGAGAAUUCUCAGAUUUGAUGGAUUCUGCAACUGGUGUUGGUUCUCUUCAUGUUGUUAAUCCAGCAUUUGAUUAUGUGCCACCAAACCUUGUUAGUCUCUUCAUUACUGACACCGGAGGGCAUAACCCUUCCUAUAUGUACCGGCUCAUAGCAGAUUAUUACUCUGCCGAUGAUUUGGUGAUGAAACAGAAACCUACUACAGGGAAUUGA